CGUGCGCUUUUUUCCCCACGGAAUCGAAGCUCCCUCUCCCCCUCCUCCUGCCUCAUGUCCUCGCCGCCGGGAGAGCAGCCGACGGCCGCGGCCACCAAGUACGUGCUGAUCACGGGCGGCGUCGUCAGCGGGCUCGGCAAGGGCGUCACCGCCAGCAGCGUCGGCGUCGUCCUCAAGGCCUGCGGCCUCCGCGUCACCUGCAUCAAGAUCGAUCCAUACUUGAACACAGAUGCUGGUACUAUGUCCCCCUUCGAGCAUGGUGAGGUGUUUGUCCUUGAUGAUGGUGGAGAGGUUGAUUUGGAUUUAGGAAACUAUGAGCGUUUCAUAGAUGUUACUCUGACUAGGGACAACAAUAUCACCACUGGAAAGAUAUAUCAGUCUGUCAUUGAGAAGGAGAGAAAGGGCGAUUAUCUUGGAAAGACAGUCCAGGUUGUCCCUCAUGUAACCGAUGAAAUAAAACAGUGGAUACAGUCAGUGUCCUCUGUUCCUGUGGAUGGGCAGACUCGUCCAGCUGAUGUUUGUGUUAUUGAGCUGGGAGGCACUGUAGGUGAUAUUGAGUCAAUGCCAUUCAUUGAAGCUUUGCGCCAAUUGUCCUUCUCUCUUGGCAAGGAGAAUUUCUGCCUAAUACAUGUUAGCCUUGUUCCGGUAUUGGGUGUAGUUGGUGAGCAGAAAACUAAGCCAACGCAACACAGUGUACGGGAACUGAGGGCCUUGGGUCUGACUCCUGAUCUUCUAGCAUGCCGGUCAGCGCAGCCACUAGUAGGAUCUGUUAAAGAGAAGCUUUCACAAUUCUGCCAUGUCCCGGUUGAGAACAUACUUAACAUCCAUGAUGUUCCAAAUUUAUGGCAUGUCCCGCUUAUUCUUAGAAAUCAAAAGGCUCAUGAAGCUAUAAUCAAACAGCUAAACCUUGCAGGGUCUGCUGGACCACUUGAGUUACGAGAUUGGACAGAGAUGGUUGAGUCAUAUGACAACCUUAAGAACUCUGUUAAAAUUGCUUUGGUUGGGAAGUAUACUAACUUGACAGAUUCUUAUCUAUCAGUGGUGAAGGCUCUCCUACAUGCCAGUGUUGCCUGUUCAUUGAAGCCAUCUAUCCAGUGGAUUGCAGCUUCAGAUCUUGAAGAUGCAACUGCAAUAGAUUUUUUUUUAUAGGCACCAGAUGCCCAUGCAAAAGCCUGGGAAACUCUUAAAGAUUCAGCAUGCGUUCUAAUACCUGGAGGAUUUGGAGAUCGUGGAAUCUCAGGGAUGAUAUUGGCUGCCAAAUAUGCCCGUG